AUGAGUGUAUAUUUACGGUUACGUUUGAAAGAUAAGUGCAGUACGUCCAUAGACUGUCUUUCGCUCUCUCGCCUAUCUUUUGGGAAAUUCAAGCAAGUCCUAAACCCUCGCCCAUAUCGCCGCACCAGAAUAUCAACUGUGACAUACCAUGGUCUUUUAAGAUGUAACAAUCUAAAUUGUUUGGAGAACACGGAUCAGUCAGAGGGUAUGCAUCGUUCGUGGAAUCGAGACCUUGCUUCUUUCCUAAGCUUCCAACAUAUCCUUAACGAUCCGAGAUAUAAUGGCACUAUACCUGAAAGGCUCACCCGUGUUAUUCAGAUUGGACGUAUUAGAAGACAAGCAGAAGGAGAUCUUCAGGAGGGUCGUCGUUUGAGACAAAGACUGACAAGAAUUUAA